AUGAGUGUUCAUAUAAUUUUGAAGAAUGCCCAUCCAGGCGCCGCAUUGGACGGACUACCUCAAUUGUCCAGUGUGCUUCCGAGAGUUUGGAAGCACUGCCCUUUUGAUCAGACAGUCAUACAAUCGGAACCAGAGGAAUUGGCUGUGAAUACGGCACUGCUACAAUUGGCUGGCUACACACCUCCAUUGCAACCCUUCCACCCACCAUGCAUCCAAGCUUUAUCUGAAAGCGACCAACGUGCCUACGACGUCAUAGUCAGAUGCCUUGAACACUUAGCAAUCUAUUUGAAGCUCUGUGCAAACAACAGCGUCGGGAACCGUCUGUCGCGGCCGAUGCAACGGAAACUGGUGACACUGCUGCAGUGCGCCAUCACAGAUGAAGAGGGCAGAGGGAGAGCGGCCCGUGCAGCGAGAUCGCUCGGCGAAAGAUCGGUCACGGAGCUUAUAUUACAGCAUCAGAAUCCUCAGCAGCUGAGUGCGAAUUUGUGGGCGGCGGUGCGCGCCCGUGGCUGCCAGUUCCUAGGUCCAGCGAUGCAGGAGGAGGUCCUCAAGCUAGUCCUUUUGGCACUUGAAGAUGGCUCCGCGUUGUCGAGAAAGGUGUUGGUUAUGUUCGUCGUGCAAAGACUGGAGGGAGACUUUCCACAGGCGUCCAAGACGAGUAUAGGCCACGUUGUUCAACUGUUGUACAGAGCUUCUUGCUUCAAGGUAUCGAAACGCGAAUGUGAUUCGUCCCUGAUGCAACUGAAAGAGGAGUUUCGGACCUACGAGUCAUUGCGGCGCGAGCACGACGCACAGAUAGUACAAAUAGCUACGGAGGCGGGCUUGAGGAUCGCCCCCGACCAAUGGAGUGCCUUACUGUAUGGGGACACCGCGCAUAAGUCCCACAUGCAGAGUAUCAUAGACAAGCUGCAGACGCCGCAGUCGUUUGCGCAAUCGGUUCAAGAGCUGUUCAUCGCGUUGCAGAGGUCCGGAGACCCGGCCCAGCUGGUCGUCAUGAGCAUGCCCCUAGAUAGGCUUGCCAAUAUUGAUCCGAGCCCCGACGCUAAGAGUCCUUCAUGGCAAAUGCUAGCGGAAAUAUUGACGGCCGUUAAAGACGUUGUUUCCGGCCUUGUAAGCUAUCUACAGCAGCAAACGACAGCGCGUGACUCGAACCACAAUCAGAAGCAUAUAAUCCUGGAUAAAUCGUCGGAAACAAGUACAAGUCAGCCGUCUCCUCAGGGUGGUAUGUCAUCACCGCAACAAACUGAAGUGGCUUUUUGCCGGGAAUCGAAUACGAGGGCCGGCUGUCCUCGCGGCAGCGGUUGUACAUUUUUCCACGUGGAAGACGACAUGGAAAGGUACAAGGCACUCUACCCACCCCCCACUUACUCAGUAAGGUACAGGGCAGUCCAGAACCCGGGCAAUAACAAUGGGAACGUGCAGUUCGUUGGACCGCAGGCAAUGCCUCAGAUUUCAAUCCGGCUUUUUCCGAGCGUUCAAGACCAAAACGCGCAAUUGCAACCAUCACGAAUGCAGAGGCCUGUCUCUUUGCCCUCAAAUGAGAUCUACAACGAUGGCCGACGCAUCUACGCGGCGGGCCUGCCGAGGCGUGGACCUGUCAACUAUCAUGAUGCUGGCCAUGGCACUGAGGGUACAUCAAGUGUCUAUGGAUCGGGAAUCGUGCCGAGCCCUCAAUUGCCGAUGCCUAAUCACAAUAACUUGAUAAUGCCGGUGCCGGACAGGCCGUUCUACGGCAACUAUGCCGGCCUCUUGACUGUGGUCACAGAUGACAACCCGAAUAUUUACCAGGGGCAGGAGUACAUUAACCACAUGUACCAGGCUCCCAACUCGUCAGGACAUAUCACCAAUUAUCAGGAGGCUCCCAUCCAACAGACGAUUCAGUCGAAUGUGUACAUACCGGUGUCUGAUGCGACGUACACCUUUGAUAAUAACAUGGCUUUACCAGCUGGAUAUCGCAGCCCCCCCGGAUUCCCUCCACUGGAGCGUCGUAUGGACUCAGCUUGGUGCAACACCUCGCCCUUCAAUUACAAUCAAAUGAGCGAUGUUUUGCCACCCAUUUCAUCGCCACAGGAAUCUAACUAUAACUUCAGCAAUGUGCGCGACGCUCUGCCUAUUAUAGGCGGCACUGCUCCGCGAACUGAAAACGCGUACCACAUGCCGAGUGACAGGCGUGUAGUUGGCGCUGACAGGGGCUUCCCCGUGGGAGACCGUACGAAUGCUCCUCAGCAGUACCCAGUUGACCCAGCAGUAGCGGCUGAUGAGCAUAAGCUGGAAGAAGGACUGAUGGCGCUUGAACGCCGUAUCGACACCGAGUUUAAAAUAACAUAA